AAGGUCUCGCCCUUCUGUUAUCGGAUUAGAGUUCUGGCCGACGCCCGAGUUGUAAGCCCGGAGAGAAUACCUUCUGACCCCCUAGCGACUUGGGCUCCAUGGGAGGGCCCCAUCGAGGUGGCCAAUGCUAUGGAACGCUGGGACUCUCCAUCCCUAGGCAUCAGCUAG